AUGACCCAAAAUAAAAGUGCUGCGUACGAUUACUUACUUAAGCUUUUGUUGAUUGGAGAUAGUGAUGUUGGAAAGACAGAAUUGUUGCUCUGUUUCGCGGAUGACUCCUUUACUCCUUCUUUUAUCACUACUAUAGGAAUUGACUUUAAAAUUAGAACCAUUGAAUUGGAUGGUAAACGAAUCAAGCUCCAAGUGUGGGAUACUGCAGGUCAAGAACGUUUUCGUACGAUUACUACAGCCUACUACCGUGGUGCUAUGGGUAUAGCUUUUGUAUAUGAUAUUACCAAUGAACGGUCUUUCAAUAAUAUAAGAAAUUGGUUUAGUAAUGCAGAGCAACAUGUCACUGAAGAAGUUAAUAAAAUUCUCAUUGGAAACAAUUGUCAUUUGUUCGAGAAAAGGGUGAUUACUAAGGAACAAGGUCAAGCACUUGCGGAUGAAUUUGGAAUCAAAUUUUUCGAAACCAGUGCUAAAGAAAACAUAAAUGUUGAGGAAGCAUUCUUUACAUUAGUCAG